CGCACUGAUCAGAAACGGUGAGAGCGAUGAGAUCAGGCUGCAUCGACCAGAUACGCCCAGAGCACUCAUGGCUAUGGUAUAGGGAAAGCAGCACCCACAGCGAACGUUCCCCGGACGCACUAAUGCACGCGCUCAUCGCAACUUGCAACAAUCAUGGCCCAAGCCCGCUUGCUUAUCGUACUUCUCUGCGUCUUCGUUGCAGGCGCUGCGGACGUUACAUAAUCGCGGCAUUGUGGGGGCGAGAGUAGGAUUUAGAGUCCGGUAGUCGCAGCAGCAGUUCUUUUGCGUAGAGGGGUGGGUGCCUUGUGGUUUGUGGUAGGUUGUGAACACUGCGCCGCAAAGAUUAGAAGGGGGAAGGACCGAAAGCGAGACUCCGAGAUGGGGAUUUACGGUGAGGGAGGGAGCAAUGCGCCCCCGGAGCCGGUGCUAGGGCACCCGGUGUACCCACCGCCGAAUCCUUACACUCAUCAAGGAGGGCCGUAUGCACCACAACCUAGUUACGACCAUAUGCCGGCGCAGGCUCCCAUCGGCGGCCCUCCGAUGGUGAUACCGACCGCGCUCACAGGCGAGUGGACCACGGACCUUUGUGGGUGCUGCUCCGAUUGUGACUUGUGUUGCCAGACGUGCUGGUGUCCUUGCGUGUCGUUUGGCCAAAUUACGGAGGUUCUCGACGAGGGACGUUCCUCUUGUUUCGUGCAGGGGACGAUUUACGCGCUACUCUGCACAAUUGGAGUCCCUUGCGUCUACUCGUAUAGGUGGCGCCAGAGGCUGCGACGCAAGUAUAUGCUCGAGAAGGGCUGCUGCGGGGAUUUCUGUUUGCAUUGUUGCUGCGGGUGGUGCGCUAUUUGCCAGGAGCAUCGAGAGCUUCAGAACCGGGGCCUCGAUCCAUCUCUAGGGUGGGAAGUGGCACAGCAGAAUUAUGUUCGGCCCAUGGUUGCACCCACCGCUCCCGGCGUUAUGCUAAGAUGAAGGAUGCUUUUUUAACAUAUUUGUUUUUAGAUUUGGAUAACUUGUAAACCUAUUUGUACAUGCAAAUUAGUGUAUGGAAGUGGAGUACGUGCUCUAGUUGCUGGUACUGCGUGGCUGUGACGCCCUGCUAUGCUUCUGGCGUCCUCUUGCUCAAGAAUUGGACUGCUACCAGUCUGGAGAACUUUGUGACUUCUUUCAUGUGGAGAAUUCUCAACAUAACAUCCAUUAGUACGUUUUCGAUGCUUCAAUUUUAUGGGUUUCAGUCACUUCUUGAGUUAGAGAGUGUGUCGAUUGUUGUCACGGCUUGAAUGGGACAUGCAAGUUUGAGUUCAAUCUUGCCAAAGUCCGUGAA